AUGUUGACUGCAAUAUAUAAACACUGUGUUUUAACACUGUUUAUAUGUUUAUUACAAUUAAGCAAAGCAAUUAAUGCUGUCACAGAUUCAGACACAGAAGAUGCUUGUAACCCACUUACAAAUGCAACCCCUGGUUUUAAAGUAAGAUGGUAUAAUUAUACUCUCGGUGAUACAAAUUCUUUUACAAGUUUAGAUUACAUGGCUUACGAAUACUAUCAACAGUCUACAGCUUAUCAUUCAAUGGAUGGCGUAGAAACAGUUGAAUUUGAAUCAGGGUUCCCAUGCCAAUAUGACGAGAAUAACUCUGAUGAUUACUUUAUUUGUUAUUGUGAUGGCUAUAGUACAAACAACGGGAAUUGGGUUUGUCCAUGCUCUGGGUCUAAAUCUACUAGUUCCAAGACCUGUUAUAAUAGCCAAGCAGAUUCCGUCACUUUACCAUUAAUUUAUGAUUACGAUACUACUUUCACUAAUUUUACUAUGGAGAUAACUGGUUACUUUUUAGCACCGGAAACAGGUCCAUACAACUUUACCCUCGGAAAUGUCGAUGAUUCGGCUGGAUUAUUGUUUGGUAAAAAUGCCUUCGGGUGCUGUGAACAAAAUGAUAUUACUGCUGCUACAACUGAUUUCUUUAUAAAUGCCAUUAAAGGUUGGCAUUCCGGACAAGAUGCUACCACUUCAAGUUUAAUUAAUUUAGUAGGUGGUUUUUAUUAUCCAUUAAGACUUGUUUUUUCAAAUGCUAUAUCCUAUGCAAGUUUAGAUUUUACAGUAACUUUACCUAAUGAAACUAUAAUAACUGAUUUUGAAAAUUAUGUUUUCACUUUUGACGAAGAAGAAUCUUAUUGUCCCGCAUAUUCAACCACAACAGUCCCAUGGACUGGAACAUAUACAUCUACUUUCACAACAAAAGUUACUACUGCUACAGGAUCCAAUGGUCUAACCACAACUUCCAACGUUAUUUAUGUAGAGACACCUGGUAUUGAAACCAACUCAACAAUAAUAACUGGAUGGACUGGGACUUAUGUAUCUACAUACACAACUAGCGUAUAUACCACUACUGGUAGCAAUGGGGUACCAACUACAUCUACAAUUAUUUAUGUGGAAACACCAGAUGUUGAUGCUUCAACAACAACUACAACAGGAUGGACUGGAUCAUACACAUCUACCUAUUCUACAAGUAUAUUCACUAUAACCGGUAAUGAUGGAAACCCAACUACAUCUACCAUUAUCUACGUCGAAACACCAGAUGUUGAUGCCUCAACAACUACUACAACAGGAUGGACUGGAUCAUACACAUCUACCUAUUCUACAAGUAUAUUCACUACAACCGGUAAUGAUGGAAAUCCAACUACAUCUACUAUUAUCUACGUCGAAACACCAGAUGUUGAUGCUUCAACCACUGUGAUUACAGGAUGGACUGGAUCAUACACAUCUACCUAUUCUACAAGUAUAUUCACUACAACCGGUAAUGAUGGUAAUCCAACUACAUCUACAAUCAUCUACGUCGAAACACCAGAUGUUGAUGCUUCAACAACUACUACAACAGGAUGGACUGGAUCAUACACAUCUACCUAUUCUACAAGUAUAUUCACCACAACCGGUAACGAUGGUAAUCCAACUACAUCUACUAUUAUCUACGUCGAAACACCAGAUGUUGAUGCUUCAACCACUGUGAUUACAGGAUGGACUGGAUCAUACACAUCUACCUAUUCUACAAGUAUAUUCACUACAACCGGUAAUGAUGGUAAUCCAACUACAUCUACAAUCAUCUACGUCGAAACACCAGAUGUUGAUGCUUCAACAACUACUACAACAGGAUGGACUGGAUCAUACACAUCUACCUAUUCUACAAGUAUAUUCACCACAACUGGUAAUGAUGGUAAUCCAACUACAUCUACAAUCAUCUACGUCGAAACACCAGAUGUUGAUGCUUCAACCACUGUGAUUACAGGAUGGACUGGAUCAUACACUUCAACUUACUCCACAAGUAUAUUCACCACAACUGGUAAUGAUGGAAAUCCAACUACAUCUACAAUCAUCUACGUCGAAACACCAGAUGUUGAUGCUUCAACAACUACUACAACAGGAUGGACUGGAUCAUACACAUCUACCUAUUCUACAAGUAUAUUCACCACAACUGGUAACGAUGGUAAUCCAACUACAUCUACAAUCAUCUACGUCGAAACACCAGAUGUUGAUGCCUCAACAACUACUACAACAGGAUGGACUGGAUCAUACACAUCUACCUAUUCCACAAGUAUAUUCACCACAACUGGUAAUGAUGGAAAUCCAACUACAUCUACAAUCAUCUAUGUCGAAACACCAGAUGUCGAUGCUUCAACUACUGUGAUUACUGGUUGGACUGGAUCAUACACAUCUACCUAUUCUACAAGUAUAUUCACCACAACCGGUAACGAUGGUAAUCCAACUACAUCUACUAUUAUCUACGUCGAAACACCAGAUGUUGAUGCUUCAACCACUGUGAUUACAGGAUGGACUGGAUCAUACACAUCUACCUAUUCCACAAGUAUAUUCACCACAACUGGUAAUGAUGGAAAUCCAACUACAUCUACAAUCAUCUACGUCGAAACACCAGAUGUCGAUGCUUCAACAACUACUACAACAGGAUGGACUGGAUCAUACACAUCUACCUAUUCCACAAGUAUAUUCACCACAACUGGUAAUGAUGGAAAUCCAACUACAUCUACAAUCAUCUACGUCGAAACACCAGAUGUUGAUGCUUCGACAACAACUACAACGGGAUGGACUGGAUCAUACAUUACUACCUACUCUACCAGUAUUUUCACCGUAACAGGAACAGAUGGAAAUCCAACCACAUCUACUAUUAUCUACGUCGAAACACCAGAUGUCGAUGCUUCAACAACUACUACAACAGGAUGGACUGGAUCAUACAUUACUACCUACUCCACCAGUAUAUACACAGUAACAGGAACAGAUGGAAAUCCAACCACAUCUACUAUUAUCUACGUUGAAACACCAGAUGUUGAUGCUUCAACAACUACUACAACAGGAUGGACUGGAUCAUACAUUACUACCUACUCCACUAGUAUAUACACAGUAACAGGAACAGAUGGAAAUCCAACCACAUCUACAAUCAUCUACGUUGAAACACCGGAUGUUGAUGCUUCAACAACAACUACAACAGGGUGGACUGGAUCGUAUAUUAGUACUUAUUCCACCAGUAUAUACACAGUAACAGGAACAGAUGGGAAUUCAACCACAUCUACAAUCAUCUACGUUGAAACACCAGAUAUCAAUAGAUUAAGUACAACCACUAUUGGUUGGGGUGGUGGUUUUACUAGUACCUUUUCAACCGAGAAAUUUAUCGUUACCGGCAAUAAUGGUAUUCCUACUACUUCUACAAUUAUAUAUGUGGAAACACCAACGUUUGGAUAUUUCAAUACUUCAUCUAGUUCCACUGGUUCUUUCAGCUCUGCUAAAAUACCUGGAAGUACGACCGAAGAAAUGGUAUCCACAGUUGUAACUUUAUCGUCUGGCGAUAUUUCGAAAAGUAUUCCUAUUGUUUCAACCUUGUUUUCUAGUACAAGUAGUUCCUUCGAUUUUUCUAGCAGUUCUGAAAGUUAUGCCUCAUCAAGUUUGAUAACAAGUAUUGCAAAUCCUACAACUUCAUCGCCAAUAAGUUCAAGCAGUUCUACUUAUAACUCAUAUAGCAUUCCUGCAAGCAGUACAUCAUCAAGUUACAUUACUAGUAGUACAGAUGUUACAACUUCAUCAUUAUUAAGCUUUAGUAGUUUGGCCUACAACUCAUUUAGCAGUGAUACUAUUGAAAGUUCUACUUAUAUUCCAUAUAGCAGUACUGAAACUUAUACAUCAUCGAGUACUAUUACAAAUAGUAUUACAGCUAGUACAAAAUCAUUACCAUUAAGUAUGAGUAGUUCCAUCUAUAGCUCAUAUAGUAGUGAUAUUGUUACAAGUUCUUUAUCGUUAGGUUUUAGUAGUUAUACCGAUAGCUCCUAUAGCAGUAGUAUUGCAAGUUCUAUUCAUAUUGUCUCUAGUAGUACUGAAAGCUACACACCAUCUAGUCCCGUUAUAUCUAUUAGUACGGCUAGUACAAUAUCAUUACCAUUAAGCAUGAUUAGUUCAGCCUACAGCUCAUUUAGUGGUGAUACUAUUGAAAGUUCUACUUAUAUUACCUAUAGCAGUACCGAAAGUUAUACACCAUCAAGUUCCAUUGUUACUUCUAGUAUAGUUGGUACAAAUUCAUCACCAUUAGUUUUGAGUAGCUCUACCUAUUGCUCAUCCUGCAAUGCAGAAAGUUAUGCACCAUCAAGUUCAAUUAUAACUAUUAGUACGGAUGUUACAAGUUCAUUACCAUUAAUCACGAGUAGUUUGGUCUACAGCUCAUUUAGCAGUGAUACUAUUGAAAGUUCUACUUAUGUUUCCUAUAGUGGUGCUGAAGGUUAUACAUCAAUGAGUUUGGUUACAAGCAGUACAGAUGCAACAAGUUCACCAUUAAGUUUUAAUAAUACCAGCUAUAUUUCCUAUAGCAAUACAGAAAGUUAUAUACCACCAAGUUCCAUUGUUACUUCUAGUAUGGUUAGUACAAAUUCAUCACCAUUAGUUUUGAGUAGUUCUACCUAUUGCUCAUCCUGCAAUACAGAGAGUUAUACACCAUCAAGUUCAAUUAUAACUAUUAGUACAGAUGUUACAAGUUCAUUACCAUUAAUCACGAGUAGUUCGGCCUACAGUUCAUCUAGUAGUGAUACUAUUGAGAGUUCUACUUAUAUUUCCUAUAGCGGUACUGAAGGUUAUACAUCAUCUAGUUUGAUUAUGAGUAGUACAUACGCUACAAGUUCAUUAGCAUUAAGUUUUAAUAAUUGCAGCCAUAUUUCCUAUAGCAGUACUGAAGGCUAUACAUCAUCUAGUUUGAUUACAAGCAGUGCAGUUACUACAAUUUCGUCACCAUCAAGUUUGAGUAGUUCAACAUACUGUUCAUCUUGUAACAGAGAAAGUUAUAUAUCAUCUAGUUUAAUCAUGAGCAGUACAAAUGUUACGAAAUCAUUACCGUUAAGUUCGACUAGUUCCACUUAUAACACAUUCACUAAUAGUAAAAAUGUACCAAGAUCAAGUUCUGUUUUGAGUGGUAAUAUCGUUACAAAUUCAUUGUCAUUUACACCUAAUAGUUUUACUUCCAGUGUUUCUUCUGCAAUUCCAAUCACUACGAUUACAGUUACAAGUAUUAGCACCGUUACAGAUUCUGCAACGACAUAUAUUACUUAUGUUACAUAUACUAGUACAGAAUCUACUUUCGGUAAAAAUAAUGGAAAUGAUUAUACUACUACUACUACUAUUACACCAAGUUUGUCAAGUAAUAACAUUCUUUCGAGUACUGAUAGUGUUACGACAACAACUUCUAACAAUGGUGCAGUUACUUCUACUAUUAUUAAUUCCAAGAACACAAAUGUCGAGACUAGUAAUACUAAGAGCAAUGAGGGCACCACAAUUAUUGAUAAUGGCACUCCUGUGUACUCUGUUACAACCGAAACAAAUAGCAUGGACUUUACCACUAAGAGUACGCCUGCUACUAUCGAAACGACUACAGAUACUUUGAGCACUACUUCAAGUACCGGAGAAUAUACCGCUACCAUUACUACCGAUAAUAACAACAAUAUUAGUGAAACCCAACACACAUCCAAAACAUUCGAUACUAAUAACAUUGUUACAACGUUAAGUACUGCUAAUACCGGUGCCACUACUAUCACACCAAUUAUUUCUACGCAACCAGUUACGACAUCAUCCAGUAGUGCAACUAUUAACAGUAGUGCUUAUUCAUUUUCCAUUUAUACAGCUGGUGUUCGCAAAAACACACCAUCUAUAUCAUUAAGUGUUUUCUUUGUGAUUUUUAUUUCAUUUUUUUAA